GUUGAUUCUUCUAAUCAACACUCACUUUGUCGCUUUCAUUCUGAAUGAUACCCAGUAUCUGCCCCAAACAGAUCAGGGCAUCUUUUUUACAGUAUUGUAAUACUCUCUUCAAAACCGCUUCCUCUCCUUUGACUGCGCAACGGCCCUUUGCAUACUCUCCAGGGACUCUACUGUCCUCUUUGCAAACCCGGCCUCGAUUUUCCACAGCACUUCUAGCGUACAAGCCUGCGUCUAUCCGUCCGGUGUCGUCUCUAUCCGCCCACCAACUGCAAGCUUUUCUACCCUUUGCCGCCAAACACCGUCCUGCUUCAACCAUGGCGGCCAAUGGCGAAGCUCGCCCCAAACGAAGAAGUAGUCCAAUAUCCGCCAUCGAGAGACCUAAAAAGCAGUUGAAACAAGAGAAUGGAGUUCCAACGCCGGGAGAUGCGACUCCACAGAAUGGCUCGGUCUACGAUAUCGAGGCCGCCUCAAAUCUUGUCCCCAUCAUCAACAGUCUUUCAGCCGCGGGCGACUCUCCGGAGUGGCAGGCUACAAUAGAACGGGUGAUCAAGAGCGUGGUUUCUAUACAUUUCUGUCAGACCUGUUCUUUUGAUACCGAUCUGUCCACCUCGAGUCAGGCUACUGGGUUUGUGGUGGAUGCUGAAAAUGGGUACAUUUUGACAAACCGCCACGUUGUCUGCGCCGGCCCCUUCUGGGGUUACUGUGUCUUUGAUAACCAUGAGGAGUGUGACGUCCGGCCUGUCUAUCGCGACCCCGUCCACGAUUUCGGUAUCCUGCAGUUCGACCCCAAGGCCAUCAAAUAUAUGCAACUCCAGGCACUUACGCUGCAGCCCGAGUCUGCUAAAGUCGGUGUCGAAAUCAGAGUGGUCGGAAAUGACGCCGGUGAAAAGCUCAGCAUAUUGUCGGGGGUGAUCAGCCGAUUAGAUCGCAAUGCUCCCGAAUAUGGUGAAGGUUAUUCUGAUUUCAAUACCAACUACAUACAAGCGGCUGCGGCCGCAACUGGCGGGAGCUCCGGUAGCCCUGUCGUCAAUCUAAACGGCAAUGCGGUCGCCCUGCAGGCAGGUGGUCGUGUUGACGGUGCUGCUACUGAUUAUUUCCUCCCACUUGACAGACCUUUGCGGGCACUACAGUGUCUGCAACAAGGCCUGACUAUCACCCGAGGAACCAUUCAAACUCAAUGGAUGCUUAAACCAUUCGACGACUGCAGAAGAUUAGGCCUCACACCCAACUGGGAGUCGGCGAUGCGCAAAGAAUUUCCUAAGGAGAACAGUAUGCUUGUCGCCGAGAUUGUACUGCCUGAAGGACCUGCCGACAACAAGAUCCAAGAAGGAGACGUCUUGAUCAAGGUUAAUGGCGAACUUCUGAACUCGUUUGUCAAGCUGGACUCAAUUCUGGACUCUAGUGUUGGAGCAAAGAUUGAUCUUUUGUUCCAACGUGGAGGAGAUGAUCACGAGGUAACGCUCGAUGUUGGGGACCUCCAUGCGAUCACACCCGAUCGAUUUGCCGCCGUAGCUGGUGGAAGCUUUCACAAUCUAUCAUACCAACAAGCACGAUUGUAUGCAAUUGCCUGUAAAGGCUUGUAUGUGGCUGAAGCGGCAGGAUCCUUCAAGAUGGACAACGCCCUUUCUGGCUGGAUCAUCGACACGGUAGACCAAAAGCCAACGCCAGAUCUAGACACGUUCAUCGAAGUCAUGCGAAACGUCCCCGACAAGUCACGAAUCGUCAUUUCAUAUCGCCAUAUCCGAGACCUUCACACGAGAGCUACCAGUAUCAUUCACAUCGAUCGCCAUUGGCACCAGAGGAUGAGGCUAGCUGUCCGAAACGACACAACAGGUCUGUGGGACUUCAAAGAUUUGGGAAAACCCAUUCCGGCCCUGCCUCCCCAGCCUAAGUCAGCCGAUUUUGUCCAGCUCGACGACCUACCCGCAGCUGCCGACAUUGUUCGAUCAUUUGUCAAGGUGUCCUGUUACAUGCCUGUCAAAAUCGAUGGAUAUCCACAGGCUCGGAGAACCGGAUUUGGACUGGUGAUCGACGCGGAGAAAGGCUUGGUAGUCGUGUCGAGAGCCAUCGUCCCGUACGAUCUCUGCGAUAUCACUGUUACCGUUGCGGAUUCGAUUCAGAUUGAAGCAAAGGUGAUCUUCCUUCACCCGCUUACCAAUUACACGGUGAUCCAGUACGACCCGGAAUUGGUGCAAGCACCCGUGCAGAGCGCGCGUUUAGCGACAGAGAUGAUCAAGCAAGGAGCAGACACAAUCUUCGUUGGAUUCAACCAAAACCAUAGAAUAGUGGUUGCGAAAACAACAGUAACCGACAUCACAGCUGUUGGCAUUCCAGCAAAUGCUGCCGCUCCCAGAUACCGAGCAGUCAAUCUAGAUGCAAUCACUGUUGACACUGGCUUGUCAUCUCAAUGUUCGUCUGGAGUGCUGAUUGGGUCAGAUGGCGCGGUCCAGGCUCUCUGGCUCACCUACAUGGGCGAGCGAAGCCAGGGCAGUCAUAGAGACACGGAAUAUCAUCUCGGUUUGGCUACCAGUAUGAUCCACCCGGUGAUUGACCAGAUUCGAGCUGGAAUUAUUCCCAAGCUACGGAUCCUUAACAUGGAGUCGUAUGUGGUACAGAUGGCACAAUGCCGGAUCAUGGGAGUGUCUGAUGAAUGGAUCAAGAAGGUUGCCAAAGCUAAUCCCUCUCGGCACCAGCUGUUCAUUGUGAGGAAGGUAGACUGUGGUCCAGCCAAUGGCCCUGGUGAUGGCCAAUUGCUUCAAGAAGGAGACAUUAUCCUCACUCUCAACGGCCAACUCAUCACAAGAGUUUCGGACUUCGACAUCAUGUAUGACAAAGAAUGGCUUGAUGCAUUAGUGGUGCGAAAAGGAAAGGAGGUGCAACUCCGAGUGCCAACUGUGCCCACCGAGGAUUUAGAGACGGCACGGGCUGUGGUCUUCUGCGGUGCUGUCCUGCAAAAGCCGCAUCAUGCUGUGCGUCAACAGAUCAGCAAGCUUCAUUCCGAAAUCUACGUCAGCGCCCGAAGUCGAGGCUCCCCAGCAUACCAAUAUGGACUCGCUCCAACCAAUUUCAUCACUCAUGUCAAUGGGGUGAAGACUCCAGAUCUUGAUGCAUUCGUCAAUGAGGUGAACAAGAUCGACGACAACACGUACUUCAGACUGCGGGCAAUGACCUUUGACAAUGUGCCGUGGGUGGUGACGAUGAAAAAGAACGAGCACUAUUUCCCCAUGUCUGAAUACGUCAAAGAUCCAGGUGAACCGAGUGGAUGGAAGAUUGUCUCACACAAGAAAGCCGGGACUAAGGAUGACGGAGCCCCAGUGAUUGCUGAAGCAAUGGAUGAAGAGGCUGCAGAGGUCUCGGGUGAUGAGGGUCCUGACCCGACGAUGGAUUCAAUAUUCUAGGCGUUGGAUAGACCAGUGUGCCAGUUGUAGCAAAGUAGAGGCGGACACGGAUAGCCCUGAGCCUUUAAUAAAAAAGCCACGAGGAGGUUAUGAUCUGAUGCCAAGCUUUAUCACAUGUCAGAACUUCGGAU